GUGAAGUCUCAGUCCCUCACAUGACAGCGCUGUUAUUUCUAAGGCAGCAGCAGCAGCAGCAUCACAGCUGGACCUGCGCACUGCCUCUCCGCUCAGCUUCAGAGCUCAGAAGCGCAUCUCAGAGGAGAGAUGGAGGCAAAGCCAGCUAUGCGUUUAGGGACUGUUUUCUGUGGAUUCAGUUCAAUAUUUGUACCCGUUGUUUGUUAUUCGUGCCGUCGCUUUCAAUGCUGGAGGAAUCAUCAUUAGACCAAUUAGAUGAAUCGUCAUCUAAUGAUCAGCGGAGGAAUAUGUCGUUUUUGUCUCGCUUUUGUAAGAGGAGACUGGAAACUGACAGGAUGCUCUGAAAGCUGCUGUAAGAACUGCAUGAUACUGAACGCUUGUGGAAGCUGGUGAAGUGGAGAAGAGAAAUAAGCACAAAAAAGUAAAUUCAGUCUCUGUUUUAAAGAUGUAUUCUAACAGAUACUAAGAGACUAGAUUAUGUUAGAUUUAUAUUACAUUAAGUACUUAUUAACACCCCUUCCUUUAUGUACUUGUGUUAAAAUAACCUAACUGAGAUGGAUUGGUGAUCCUGCGUCUAGGGCAGCUUCAUAACUUAGCCAUGAUGAAGUCCAUCUUCUAUAGUCGCUUUUUCAUUCUGCUUCCGUGGGUGUUGAUCGUCAUCAUCGUGAUAGACAUCGACACGAAGAGGUCCUCCGUGCGCAACACGGCGCACUCGUACCUGUCCCGGCUGAGCAGCGCGCCGCGGCGGGAUGCAGUUGUCCAUGCGCUCAAUCGCACCGCGCCGCCAUCGCCACUCAUCUACGCCAUCACACCGACGUACAGCCGCGCCGUGCAGAAAGCCGAGCUCACGCGCUUGGCCAACACGUUCCGCCAGGUCCCGCACUUCCACUGGAUUGUGGUUGAGGAUUCGACAAGUCGCACUGAGCUCGUGUCGCGCUUCUUAGCGCGCGCCCGCGUCCCGUACACGCACCUGCACGUACUCACUCCGCGCCGCUUUAAACGGUCCGGGAUGCCGCGCGCAACAGAGCAGAGGAACGCCGCGCUCUCGUGGCUCCGUGCGCACCGCACAGCCACAGACUCCGGAGUGGUUUUCUUCGCCGACGAUGAUAACACUUACAGCCUGGAGCUUUUUGAAGAGAUGCGUUCAACUAAAGGAGUAUCUGUAUGGCCAGUGGGACUUGUAGGGGGUCGCAGGUAUGAGCGCCCCAUUGUAGAAAAGGGCAAAGUGGUGGGCUGGUACACAGGCUGGAAGGCUGACCGACCUUUUGCAAUCGACAUGGCAGGCUUUGCCGUGAACCUCCAGGUGAUCCUAGCUAACCCACGAGCUCUGUUUAAGAGGAGAGGAGCCAAGCCAGGCAUGCAGGAGUCUGACUUCCUUAAACAAAUAACCAGGCUGGAGGAUCUGGAGCCAAAAGCUCGCAACUGCACACAGGUCCUGGUUUGGCACACCCGCACAGAGAAGGUCAACCUGGGCAACGAACCCAAGCGACAUCAGGACUCUGUUCUGAUUGAGGUCUAGUGGACAGGACUGGUGUGGGAAGCAGUGUCAUAAUAUAUUGCACCAAAUAGCCAUGAUCCCUGGUACUUUCCCAAUUUGUGUCAACCUCUGGACUGCUAACCUGCUGAUUCAUGCUGGAAGCUGUAUGAACUCUGAUGUCUAUGUCACCUAACUCAACACUCUGGACCAUCCAAUUUUGUGACCUUAUUUCUGGCUGUAUAAAUUGGCUGGGUCUCACUUUGUUAAUAAGAAUACCCCAUCACACUGAGGAAGCAUACUGGGUUAUUAUUAAAGAACGUUUAAACCUGUAUCAUGCGGCACAGCUGUCUUCACUGGCUGCUAAUAGAAACUUUUACCUUAAGGCUGAAAAGAAAAUCUGGAGUGUCAACAUCUGAUGAAAUCAUCAUGAUAAUUCACUGUCUUUUAGAACCCGGAGCACUUAAUAUAAACUUGGGACCAGUUGGAGAACACUAGGUCUAUGAAGCAGGAAGCAUCUGAAGAAGAUGCCAGUUUUUGGAGA